ACCAUCUUAUUUGUUAAUAAUAAGCGUGUUGGUGUGGUGCGCAGUCCGAGACGGUAUUCAUCACCUAAGUACGACAAAGAAUGGCUCUACUCUGAGUACGAUUUAGACCUACCUAACCUUGCGGAUGACAAAGACUUGUAAAACCUUAUAGUGAUAUUAACUAAUAUCUUAUCUACGGAUUAACAAACGUCAGCAUGUUGAUGCACACGGCUUUUCUAGUGAUCACGUGUAUAGCUUGUGUUCUUUCCUUCGCAACUUAUACUGUGAGGAUUCCAAAUGGAGAAAAUGUAACAUAUACAAACUGCAACAACGAGGAAAUAGUUUGGCAACAAGUCGGACAUGUUGCAAAUGAACACAUCCAGGGCGAUCCAUUUGAUCGGAACGCAUUUGGUAAGGCGUUUUAUAACGCAAAUCGUGCUUGGACGGUUCAACUGUGCAGCGAUGACUCGGACGGGGAUGGGAUAUCCAAUGGUGAAGAGCUCGGCUUCCCCAGCUGUAGUAGCAGCGAUGUAAUGAAAUGGCAUACUAAACCAGAAUCGGUCCUUCUCACAAAACCUUCCGGUCACCCAGGUAUCUGUGAACCAAAUGAAAAAACUCCUAUUGACGUCGAUUGUGACUUUCAAAACCAGAACAUCCCUGCAGCGAUUUGUCCUUCGACCGCAACAGCGAAUACAGCCCCAUAAAUACGAUGAUGACAGUGAGGAGGAUCUAGACCACCAGAUUUUUAUUCGCCAAUCAGCUGUCGCGAGUGGCUGCGCACGCACCUGGAAGUGUGACGUAACCGUCAGAAUCUAAAAAAAAAAAAAUUAAAAAGGAAGUCAAUAUACGAUCUAAUAUUGGAGCAAAGUAGGAAUCAUUUAGUUGUUACAGUUAUAUUGAGAGAUUAUCUCAUAUUGCAUGUACAUGUCUACAGAAAAAUAUCGUGUAACUAAAACCGUGUCAUCAAACAGCUCCCGUAUUACACAAUGAAUACUGAGAAGUAUUGCUUUAUCGAGAGAUUGAAGGAAUCGAGGGGUUAUUUAGGGUGUAAUACGCUCAACCGGAGACAUUUACAAACUGUUGUAAUUGUUGUGUGGUAUAAAAUUGUUGUUAGUAUUUCCUGUGGAAUAUUGAGGUUCACUAAAUAACUUUCACGUUCAAGCGUUUUCUUUCAAAUACUGUCUUCAGUUUUAAAAUCAAGCUAAUGCAAUUUUGAUAAUGCUCGUAGGAAUCAUUUUCAAAAAUAAAUCAAUGUUUGUGCA